UCUUGAUCAUUAUUCCUCGUUUCCUCAAUCUUCAACCCUUCUAAAUCUUCUCAAUUUUCUCGAAAAAAUGGAGCAAAGUACUGAGGGAAUUGGGAUCAAAAUCUACAGUGCAUCAAAACGUGCAGAUACAUCAAUUUACCCUACUAAUUUACAACCAGACGACGAUGUUCCGAUCCCCGAAUUGCCUCAACCAGCAAUUGGUGGCAAGAAACGAAGAGCAAUGGCAAAUGGGGUUCAAAAAACACUCUCAAAAACUUCAUUGCUUGUCAAUUUCUUGCCAACAGGCACACUUUUAACUUUUGAAAUGGUCCUUCCUUCGGUCUAUGGCAAAGGCGAUUGUUCCCCGGUCACUACAUUAAUGAUUUUAACACUACUUGGCCUUUGUACUUUGUCUUGCUUCUUCUUCCAUUUUACUGAUAGUUUUCGUGGACUCGAUGGGAAAGUUUAUUAUGGAUUUGUGACACCAAGAGGGUUGAAAGUUUUCAAGUCUGGAGUAGGUGUGGAUGUGCCAAAAGAUGAGAGGUACGUUGUGGGAUUUUCGGAUUUCGUACAUGCAAUGAUGUCUGUUUUGGUAUUUGUGGCGAUUGCAUUUUCGGAUCAUAGAGUGACGCUUUGUUUAUUCCCUGGACAUGCAAAAGAACUUGAUGAAAUUAUGAGGAGUUUUCCUUUAAUGGUGGGAGUUAUUUGCAGUGGACUUUUUCUUGUUUUUCCCAAUACUAGAUAUGGUAUUGGAUGUAUGUCUGCUUAAUAAUUAGGGCAGGGUUGUGCUUUAAUUUUAGGUUGUUUUUGUUUUUCGAUUCUCCUUUUCCAAUUGAAUAUGUGAGGAUUUUUUAGUUAGUUCUCUAUGGUACUAUUUGAUGUACUGUAAUUUAAAUAAUUACUGCUCUGGUUAUUGUUUAGAUCUAUGGAUCAAUUUAUUAGGA